AUGUCUUUAAGCACUUCACUUAUCACUUCCAUGCUCAAAACUUUGUUCUUAAUCUGCAUAAUUCUACAAGUAGAUGCUUCAUCUUCAGAAUUUGGCACAAUUGAUAGCUUUAUUGAUUGCCUUCCUCGACACCCAAACAAUGCCUCAAAUUCAAUCACAAAAGCCAUCUACACUCCACAAAAUGCUUCAUUUUUAUCCAUUUUACAUGCACAUGUAAGAAAUCUACGAUUCAACACAUCCUCAACCAAGAAACCAUUAGCUAUUGUUACACCCUUAGAAGUGUCACAUGUCCAAGCAACCAUUAUAUGUGCCAAGACUCAUGGCCUAGAGAUGAGGAUUCGAAGUGGCGGCCACGAUUUCGAGGGCCUCUCCUAUGUAUCCUCAAACCCAUUUAUACUACUCGAUCUAUUCAAUCUUCGAUCAAUUAAUAUUGAUCUAGCAAGUGACACUGCAUGGGUCCAAUCUGGUGCAACACUUGGUGAACUUUAUUACAACAUAGCCAAUGUAAGCAACACUCAUGCCUUUCCUGCAGGAGUGUGUCCUUCUGUCGGCAUUGGCGGUCAUUUUACCGGAGGUGGUUAUGGUAAUAUGCUUAGAAAAUUCGGUCUUACAAUCGAUAAUAUCGUCGAUGCACAAGUAGUGGAUGUUAAUGGUAUGAUCCUUAACCGUAAAACAAUGGGUGAAGACUUAUUUUGGGCUAUUAGAGGUGGUGGUGCUGCUAGUUUUUGUGUUGUGCUAGCAUGGAAGAUUAGACUAGUCCAUAUUCCUGAAAUAGUUACUACUUUUGUCUUAAAUAAGACCUUAGAGGAAGGAGGAAAUGACACUUUCUAUCAAUGGCAAUAUAUUGCACCUAAUCUAACCCCAAACUUGUUCAUAAGAACGGAAGUGAGUGUUCAACCACUCGACGGCGAAACGAGUAAUAAAACGGUGCAUUUUAUGUUCAUAGCGUUGUACUUAGGGAGGUCCAAUGCUCUUGUUCAACUUCUAAACAAAAAUUUUCCUUCAUUAGGCUUAAAGAAGGAGGUUUGUAUUGAGCAAAGGUGGGUUGAAUCAACCAUAUUUUUCUAUGGUUUACCUAUGAAUUCUUCUCUUGAGGUUUUGCUUGAUAGAGCUCCACCUUUGGGUCUAACAUAUGAUAAACAUAAGUCAGAUUAUGUUAAAAAACCAAUUCCUAAGAUGGGUUUAGAAAAGUUAUGGAAAAAAAUGCUUGAAGUUGAGAAUGUAGUCAUGCAAUUUAAUCCUUAUGGUGGAAAAAUGAGCCAAAUUUCUGAAACUAAAACACCCUUUCCUCAUAGAAGAGGAAAUCUCUUCAAGAUUCAAUAUCUUUCGUAUUGGAAAGAAAAUUCAGUGGAGAUUACUCGUAGAAAUAUUCAAGGGGUUAAAGAGAUUUAUAGUUUGAUGACUUCGUAUGUGUCAAAAAAUCCUAGGGAAGCUUUUUUGAACUAUAGAGAUAUUGAUAUUGGAACCAAUGCAAAUAAUAGCUCAGCUUUUGCUUUGGACUUUUUUAAAGGGAACCUUGAAAAGUUGUUGAAGGUGAAGGCUAAAGUUGAUCCUAGCAAUUUUUUUAGGUAUGAGCAAAGUAUUCCUGUUUUGUCUAGUAAAUAA